CAAAGACAACGUGGAUUUAGUUGUCUACAAGUGGAUCAGAAUGGAGCUUGUGGCUUGCUGUAGUAAAUGAGUGAGAAGACAAGGAUGACUGUACAUGUCCAGUUGGGCUGUUGUAGAGAUUUUGAUUGUCACCUGUUAAUCAUAAGACCACAUCCCAAUGUAAAAGUCACAAAUAAAGUCUAACAAAAAGUCUAAUAUAAUGGAACCGUCAUGAACACACCAUACAAUUUUUUUGGCCCAGAUAGUAAUUAUGUUUAUUUUUGUUAUAUAGUCCAACCAUUAGUCUAAGAAGGUCUUAUUUUAGUCUUCUUCAGUAUUUGCUAGUUAGCUGGAUUGAGUGAUCACAGUUUCUGAACACACCUGAUCCAGGUGACCAGUAAUUACUGAAGCGUGGUUAGCUGCAAAACAAGCAGGGCGGUAGCUCACAAGAAACAGGGUUGGAAAAUAAGCACCGUCCACACGUUACAUACUGAGCUGCACGUGGCUUCAUUAUUUUAUUUUUUUUAAGCUUUAAUGCACAAUUCAAAAGGUUUCUAGAGAAAAACGUUUAUUUUACCCUUGACCCAAACGUGGAUACUGACAGGGAUGAAGGUUUUGGUAGUUUCAUGAUGGUUUCACUAUUUCAAGAAAAAACUGACUUCUUGGUUGUAAUUGUGUCAUUAACAGUUAAUGUCCGUAACUUUAUAAAUGGUGAUGAACACAUGUAUCGUACAGGUUGUUGGGCAUAUCUAUGGACAUUUUAAAUGACUAAUGCAAUAUUCAAAUGAGGAUACGAUGAUAAAACAGGAUACUAGGCAGUCUAACGACCAGAAAUAAGACCAGGACUUUUAAGGAUCCUUUCAAGUGUCCUUGAUGAUCAAAUAUAUAAACAAAACUUGUAGGAUUGUCAUAUUUGCUUUAUGCCAGACAUCAUCUGCGCUCCUUAAACUGAGAGUGGACCUCAGCAUCAAUCAUGGCCUAAUGACUACAGUCCUUUUUAUUGUAGGUGUAAACCAGCUUCAUAUAGGGAAACCUACGACCGCUUUCCUACAUGCUGUCUAAUUAGCAGAGUCAGGCAUGUUGCCAGCAAAGCACUCAGCCAUGCAACCAGACAUUUGAGUCAGCUCGGCGGUGAUGGCAACCUGCUGCUCCUAUCAAAUUGGCUCAUUUUACCCUUAGAUCCCCUGACAUAAUACCCACUUCAAACCCUGUUCGGGCACUAGGCAGAGCUCUUUCCAGGAUCACUGGUUUCCUUUGUGCAUGAACUCUUUCUGGUGGGCAUCCGGCUAAACGUGCAGGUCCUAGGAGGCCUCAUUUUGGUCCUUAAGAAUGAAAAGAUGUUGUACCUUUCUCCUUCAAUGCUUAGAGUCGUUUUCUGAAACACAACCAGGCAGCCUUCAACGAUGAAUUAGGUGCUUCUUUUUUGUUAACCAGGAGCUGCACGGGUUAAGAGGAUGUCAUGCUUUCCCUGUAUGUGUUUAGCCUCCCUUGUUGCUCUCUCCGCUUUGCUCCUAAAUCUGUCUUCUCCCUCCAACUCAUUGUUUUUCCCAGCAUUCCUCCUGCAUUCACUGAACAGUGUCUCCUCUACAGGGAGGGCUAAUAACCUGCCGUCACUUCUGAGCCCCUUCGGAGGUGCUGUCAGAUCUUCCCGCGGCCAUGGCCAGACAAAACGCUGAGUUGUCCCACUGCUAGGUGACGGGGCAUUCAAGAGAGCAGGAGACAUGUUGGAACGGAGGCCCGGGGACCACUGCACUGAAUUUCGUUACUAUAGCAGCUACUGUAGUAACCAUGGAAACGCUAUGGAGGACCGGUCUGGCCUGCACUGUCAUUAUCAUCAUGGUUGCCAGCGAGGUCGCAGAAGGUCGCAGAGAUGACUUUGCUCAAUCACAAGCUGCUUUCCUGUCCAAUCUUGGACAGUAUGAGAUCGCUACCCCUGUGCGUGUGGGACCCAAUGGCGAGAAGUUUGAUGGAGAUAAUUCUCACCACCAAAGAAGGCGGCGCAGUCCUGAAGAUAGGCUUCACGACACACUCUUCUAUCAGCUGUCCAUGUCACAGAACAACUUCCUGCUCAACUUGACGCUGCAGGGAGGGCUGCUUUCCCACCAGUUCAGGGUGGAGUAUUGGAAGAGGGGUCAAUUAGCCUGGAGCCACCCUUACUCCCCUCAUUGCCACUAUACAGGACACCUACAAGACCAGCCUCACUCUAGCAAAGUGGCUUUGAGCAACUGUAAUGGCCUGCAGGGGGUGAUUGUUACAGGUGGAGAGGAGUACCUGAUUGAGCCGCUUGUCUCACCAGACAACCAGACAAAGACAGAGGGCAGUGAAAGAACAGAGGAGCGCCCUCAUGUGGUUUACAAAAGGUCAUCCCUUCGCCAUCAGUACAAGGGCCGGUCCUGUGGGGUCAUAGAUGAGAAGCCACUGAAAAGUUUGUCUUGGUGGCAGCGGACUCUGAAGACGCCUCCUCAUCUUGUCGGGCGGGGCCAGCUGCCUCUGAAGCGCUCUGUAAGCCAGGAGCGCUAUGUGGAGACGCUGGUGGUAGCUGACAAGAUGAUGGUGGGUUACCAUGGUCGCAGGGACAUCGAACAAUACAUCCUGGCCGUCAUGAAUAUUGUUGCCAAACUGUUCCAGGAUUCUAGCCUGGGGAAUGCAGUCAACAUCGUGGUGACACGACUCAUCCUGCUCAUGGAAGACCAGCCGACACUGGAGAUCAACCAUCAUGCAGGAAAGUCCUUAGACAGCUUCUGUAAGUGGCAGAAAAGCAUCCAGCACCGGAACAGCUACGGGAAUGCCAUACCAGACAACGGCAUCGCUCACCACGACACUGCUGUGCUCAUCACCAGGUACGACAUCUGCAUACAGAAAAACAAGCCCUGUGAAACUCUAGGGUUGGCUCCAGUAGGAGGGAUGUGUGAACCAGAGAGAAGCUGCAGCAUCAAUGAGGACAUCGGCUUGGGAACAGCUUUCACCAUCGCCCAUGAAAUCGGACAUACGUUUGGGAUGAACCAUGACGGAAUGGGGAACACCUGUGGGCCUCGCAGUCAAGAGACUGCCAAGCUGAUGGCUGACCACAUCACCAUGAAGACCAACCCGUUCAUCUGGUCCGCCUGCAGCCGUGAUUACAUCACCAGCUUCCUGGACUCAGGUAUGGGCUCCUGUCUGAAUAAUGUGCCUCUGAAGCAGGAGUUUGUGUACCCCACCACAGCACCAGGCCAGGCCUACGAUGCAGACGAACAGUGCCGCUUCCAGUAUGGCAUAAGAUCUCGGCAGUGUAAAUAUUCAGAAGUCUGCAGUGAACUCUGGUGCAUGAGUAAGAGUAACCGCUGCAUUACCAGCAGCAUUCCCGCUGCAGAGGGAACCAUCUGUCAGACCAACACGAUAGAGAAAGGGUGGUGCUACAAGAGGAUGUGCGUGGCGUAUGGAACCCGUCCAGAGGGAGUAGAUGGAGGUUGGAGUCUGUGGUCACCAUGGGGGGAGUGCAGCAGGACCUGUGGGGGCGGCGUCUCCUCUUCCGUCAGACACUGUGACAGUCCCAGGCCAACCAUCGGAGGGAAGUACUGUCUGGGGGAAAGAAAGCGCUUCAGGUCCUGCAAUAUUGAUGAGUGUCCUGCUGGCUCUCGGGACUUUCGGGAGAUUCAGUGUUCCGACUUUGACAACAUCCCAUUCCGAGGAAAAUUUUAUACUUGGAAGCCUUACAGAGGAGGUGGAGUGAAGCCCUGCUCCCUCAACUGCCUGGCAGAAGGGUACAACUUCUACACAGAGCGCGCCCCUGCUGUCGUGGACGGCACACCAUGUCGAGACGAGUCUCUGGACAUGUGUGUGAGCGGCGAGUGUAAGCACGUAGGUUGUGAUCGCGUCCUCGGCUCUGACGUUCGGGAGGACCGCUGCAGGAUCUGCGGGGGUGACGGAAGCAGCUGUGUUUCUGUGGAGGGAGUCUUCAACGACUCACUGCCCGAAGGAGGUUAUGAAGAAGUGGUCAGGAUUCCUAAAGGAUCAGUGUUUAUCCAUAUACAAGAGCUCAACAUGUCCUUAAACUAUUUAGUGCUAAAGAGUAAAAGUGAUCAAUAUUUUAUCAAUGGGAAGUUGACCAUUGACACGCCAAGGAGAUUCAACGUUGCUGGAACCACCUUCCACUACAGACGUCCCACUGAUGGACCAGAAACUCUAGAAGCCCUGGGCCCAACUAACAUCACUCUCAUUGUUAUGGUGCUGGUGAGAGAAGAGAACCCAGGAAUCCACUAUCGUUUCAACCCACCACUUAACAGGGAUCCUCUGAACGGCUUCUCCUGGUUCUACACUUCCUGGUCACGCUGCUCUGUUCUUUGUGCUGGAGGUGUGCAGAUUCAGCAGGUGGUGUGUAAAAGGCUGCUGGAUCAUACUGUCGUCUACAAUCACUUCUGUGACAAGAAGAGCAAACCCAAAGAGAAGAGAAGAUCCUGCAACACUGAGCCCUGCUCGCCAACCUGGUGGACAGGAGGGUGGUCAGAGUGCAGCCGCAGCUGUAACGGCGGUCUGCGCACUCGGGAGGUGCUGUGCAAGAGGAGGAUCUCUGUCACAGAGGAGAAGAUCCUCGAUGACUCGGCCUGCAGCUCCCAUCGCCCUUCACUCACUGAGCCCUGCAACAACCACAGCUGCCCCCCUGAAUGGCUGGCUCUGGAUUGGUCAGAGUGUACUCCCAGUUGUGGUCCGGGCUACAGGCACCGUGUGGUGCUGUGUAAGAGCGGGGAGAGCGGCGACAUCUUGUCGGAGUCCAGGUGUCCCAAACAUGGCCGACCUACCUCCAGGGUCCGGUGUAACCUAAAGCGCUGCCCUCCCCCUCAGUGGAUAGUGGGUCCUUGGGGAGAGUGUUCUGCCAAGUGCGGUCUGGGACAGGAGAUGCGUUUGGUGCAGUGUCUGACGCACACCGGACAACCAUCCAACGAGUGUCUGGACCAUCAGCGGCCGGCAGCCAUGCAGCAGUGCAGGAGCAAAUGUGACCUCAAUCUGCCCAUCAGCACAGAAAACACUGAAGAGUGUAAAGAUGUGAACACUGUCGCCUACUGCCCCCUAGUGCUCAGGUUUAAGUUCUGCAGCCGGCCGUAUUUCAGACAAAUGUGCUGCAAGACCUGCCAGGGACACUGACGUAGCAGAGCUUAAAGCAUCCACCCGUGGGCGCUGCUCACUCACAGAAAGCCUGAAACCUCCAAGCUGAGCCUCCGUCAGCGUAGUCUAGCUGAGGUGCAGACAAUCGCUCUAAAAAAUGGCUGGAGGAGUUUUUUUUUUUCUACUCCAAGAAUCUACAUCAAACAUUUCACUGGAGGAAAACCCAUAGGGGCGGAAGGAUGAGGACAAGCCUGCCCCCUCUUUCUAUUUGUUGUGAUAUUUUGGUGCUACUAUGUUUGACUUUGGCCAGGACUGGUCUUUAAAGUGCCACUUGUCUUGCCGUUUUAACCUAAUCUCUUACCCCUGUAUGUUCACAGGUUAUAUUUGAUGUGUUAUUGAAUAAUAUUUUAACUCUACCUUGUAAAAAUAAAAUGUAAACAUAUAUUUGCCCCUCCCAAAAUGUAAAACCCUCUGUUAUAAAAAAUGAAAGUUAUCUGUCUGCUGUUACUUGACCACAUUUUGUUAUUUCUUUGUUGCAUAUCAGUUCAUUGACAGAGUUUUGCUGUUUUUCAGCUGCACGAGCUUGAUUUGCACAGAACAAAAGCAGUCAGAGGACCUGUGUGUUGUAUGUUUGCAGUUAUGUGGUUUGGCUUGAUGCCUCUUCAGAAUCUCUAAAUGUGUCAAUAGAGUCAACCUGCCACACACUUACUAUUUCUGAUCCUCGGCUUAGAUGUUUUGACCUCAGCAGCACAACACUUUACAGGACGUCAGUUUUUAAUGGCAGCUUUUCUAGCCUUGCUGAAUAAUUCUCACGUGUUAGAAAUGGAAAAGAAUAUCUAAUUUGAGUGGAAAUUUGGAGCACAGUGAGCAAUAGGGAGUCAGCAUGAGGGAAAAAUUAUGAAUGGCCCCAAUCACACAAAUUUACAAGAGUCCAAUUUAAAAAUGACAUGUAAAAAAAUAUAAUUUUUGUCCCUUACCUACUCCAAACAUAAAGUUUAUUUGUUUAAAAGUGUAUAUUUCAGCCAUGCAUGUUAACUGUUAGCCGUCAGGGCUCAAAGUUUCAGGAGAGUUUAGUUCUUCCAGUUUAAUCGCUAAAAAAAAGUAUCACCUCAUUUUCUGGCAUUUCCCGCAUGCAGCACCUAUGAAGGGAUGAGCUCCGUUCACUCCUUUUUUGUUUCAACUUCAAAAUCUUUAGCUUUAUUUAUUAAUGUGCACUCAUAUUUUGGAUUAAAACAGCCACCUCUUUCCUUUUUGCUUGUUGUUUUAUAUGAUGUUACCCAGAAAAGACAGUCUAUUAGGGCUCUUGCUUAAGAAAAAGUACAUACGCAGCAUUCAAAGAUGUUAUUUCAGCUACUUCUCGAUCCUGAAGAGAGUAAAUUUAGACACGCUCCAUCAGACGGUUGAAGAUCAGUCAUCAAGUGUUGCUGCAUCACUGUGAUGUUCACUGUGCUCUUGAAUUGUCAUGUGGCUUGACGACAAACAUUGUAAUGAGAGGAAGAGGUGACUUCCUUACUGGAUUUUCUGCAAUGUUGUUCCUCUUUUGUGGUGCUUUUUUGAUGGUGCUAUUACUUUAGUAGUGUUGGGUUUUUUUCUAUUGAAUUUUCAGUUAAUUCUUUCUUUUUUUUUAUAUAUUGUGAGCCCUUUUGUAAUAAUACUAUUCUGUAGAGCUGGUUUGACACCUAUAAUGCAGCUAUUGUCCCUCUCACCCAUUUGGGGUAUUUUUCUUUUUUUUGUGUGUGCAUAUUCUCAUUUAUAAUAAUGUCUUGACUUACAAGAAAUGCCUUUCUUUGGGUAAAGAAAAGUGCACUUAAAGUCCCCUAUAUGUAGCUCAGUAAAUAUUUUAUUUUAUAUUUGAAAUUUUUAUUUUAAAAUCUGAUUAUGUUCCAUUAAGAUUAGUCUUAUCUCACGGGAGCCGGUUUAGCUCGUGCUGGUUUGUGGCGCCUUCCGUCCGUGAAACCAGGGUUCGACUCCGGGCUGCUCCCUGUUCCCUUCUCUACCUCUGUGCCGGUUCCAAGCCCGGUUUGAGAAGGUUGCGUCAGGAAGGGCAUCCGGCGUAAAACAUUGCCAAAUUUACCAUGCGACUUGUUCGCUGUGGCGAUCCCUGAUGGGAGAAGCCGAAAGUGGAAGAAGAAGAUUAGUCUUAUCUCACAGCAUCAAGCAAGUGUUUAAGCAAGGAAAGACAGUUUAAAAAAUAAGAUAAUCAAAUUAUAAACAUAAACCCUGAAGUAUAUUUAUAGUUUUUAAAUGGGCAAAUUACAGCUAAGAUAAAAAACUUAAUACGAAUAUAUGUUGUCAGCUCUCCACUAUUAUCAAAUCGCCAUGCCUGUAGACUUAUAGAUUUUUAUUCAUCAGGUUAUAGUGAUGGCCCAACAAUCAGCGGUAGUAUAAAAAUGUGUUGGUAAAACAAUAAUGAAAAAAAAGGGGGGAAAAAGUACAAAAAUACAUACUUUUAUUGUUAUGACAUGAAGAAAGUUGUGCCUUUGAAUGCCCAUGCUCUGUAAAAUCCCUAAGACCAUUUUUUAUGUCUUAAAUCACGCAUUUUAUUUAAAAGGCAGUUAGACAGAGACACUUUGGCCUGGAUAUUAAAUGUAGCUUCACAUCCAGCAGUGAAACAGUUUUGAUUUAUAAAAAGGGGGAGGUCAGUGUUUGUUAUUCUGUUUUCAAAUGCUAACUAUACAUGUACUGUAUGUUGUAGAGGUCGAGAUUAGUUCUUUUGUCCUCAAUGUACAUCUUUUUAAAAGGAAGUAAUAAAUUGAUAAAUACUAAAAA